GUCUUCCUUCAUCCAUACAUAUAUAUAUAUAUAUACACACACGCACAUAGUUCAUCUUCCGCACAUAUAUGCUCAUGAAAUAGCGAUGCAGAGCUCUCUACAAGCAAAUAGACACGCUUGCUUUGUGGUCGAGCAGUGACCCAAGAAUCAAAGGAUUAAUCCAGCAAGUAUAAUCUCCUUCCAUGCACCUUGAUGACACGUUUGUGCUCGAGUUGGAGGAGUUGAUCGAAUAUAUUUGAGCCGAGAACUUCGUCCAUGGAUUGCCUGCGAGACUGGCCAGAGCCGGUUGUCCGGGUGCAGUCGUUGUCCGACAGCGGCGCCACCACCAUCCCUGACCGCUACGUAAAGCCGCAGUCGGAGCGCGCCUCGGUCGAUCCCGGAGACAUGGUCGGGAUACCGGUCGUCGACCUCGCCAUGCUAACGGACGACGUCGCCAACUGCGAGGCCACCGUGACGGCCAUAGCGGACGCCUGCCGCCAGUGGGGCUUCUUCCAAGCGGUCAACCACGGAGUGAGCCCGGGCCUGAUGAGGGGCGCCAGAGAGGUCUGGAGGGGUUUCUUUCAUCUGCCCAUGGACGAGAAGCAGCGCUACGCGAACUCGCCCAAGACUUACGAGGGCUACGGGAGCCGCCUCGGGAUCGAGAGGGGCGCCAUUUUGGACUGGGGCGACUACUUCUUCCUCCACUUCCUCCCCUUGUGCCUGAUGGAUCACGACAAGUGGCCCGCUCUUCCGCCCGCCUUGAGGUACCACAUCACUGCUCUGCCAUCAAGCUCCGAUCUCCUACGGCUGGCUUGUCUUCGCUGCCGUCGGCUGGAAUCCAAGCUUAACGUGCAUGCAUGUGCGCACAGGGAGACGAGUGACGAGUACGGCGCGGCGUUGACGAAGCUGUGCCGGAGGCUACUGAGAGCGCUGUCAAUUGGCCUGGGACUGGACGCCGCCUGCUUGCCGGUGGCAUUCGACGACGAAGGGGUCUGCAUGAGGGUCAACUUCUACCCCAGGUGCCCGCAGCCGGAGCUCACACUCGGGCUCUCGGCGCACUCCGACCCCGGCGGCAUGACCGUCCUCCUCGUCGACGAUCACGUCACCGGCCUUCAGGUCCGGAAGAACGAUUCCUGGAUCACGGUGCAGCCAGUCCCCGAUGCCUUCAUUGUGAACGUCGGCGAUCAGAUUCAGGUGCUGAGCAACGCGGCAUACAAGAGCGUGGAGCACCGGGUGAUGGUGAAUGCGGCGGCGGAGCGGCUCUCCAUGGCCUUCUUCUACAACCCGAAGAGCGACGUGCCGAUAGGGCCGAUACGGGAGCUCGUCACCUGCGAUCGCCCCGCGUUGUACCGACCCAUGACCUUCGACGAGUACCGCCUCUUCAUCCGGAAGAAGGGCCCCCGUGGCAAGUCGCAGGUCGAUUCCCUCGUGGCAGCAUGACGACCCCUCUCCCUCUCUCUCUCUCUCUCUCUCUCUCUCUCUCUUGUGCCUUGUAUGUAUCCAUCAUCUUUCAUUGUAUCUCGAUCGUUCUUUGCUUCCUGAACCAGAAUGAUGGAGGGCGUUCGACGGCUUGAUAGCCGCCGCAACUCGCUUGUAAACAGAAGAUUGGAAACGCAACCAAAAGAUGACAAGCAGAUUAUUCUACAAAUAUGAUUUCCUUAUUGUCUCUUCGUGGUGAUUGUUCCUUCAAUAUUAUUCUUUGAGGCCAAGUUGGGCGAUAA